UCAACGACGACCUCCAGGAUGAAUGAUUUACCCUCCCAACUCUUACCAGCGCAGAUUGAAGCACAAGAGAUAUUGAGACAUCUACUAUCGAAACUGAAAGAGCCGGAAUCAAAACACUACGUUCGGUAUGGCAAAUGGGUAGAACGCCACCCCCGACUCGAUGACUUCUGCUUCCGCUGCAUUCGCCCACAAGUCUGGUCCUACCUAAAUGGGCGCUGGAACCUCGAUGCUCUCAAACUCAUAGCCGGCGACCUGCGCACCUCCUCCCCGGCCAUCUACCUCAACGGCAUCCUCGGGCUCGACAAACGUAUGCGUCUCUACAUCGGGCAAACCUCCUCCCUCCGCAUCCGCAUAGCCCAACACCUCAACUUCCGCUACCGGCGCGACAAUCCCAGCCUGCACUACCACGCCCUGCAGUCCUCCAUCUACAACGCCAUCGGCGUCUUAGCCGUUCUCCCAAGCCCGAAUAUGGGCGGACAUGCGCUGCUGGGCAUGGAUAAUCCGGACUUGCUGUUGAAUGUGCUGGAGAUGUGGAUGGGUCUUAUGUUUCGGAGUUUGCCUGCCUCUAUGCUAGAAGAGUGGAUGCCUGAAGGUAUUAGUCCAGCGAGAAAAGAAGGGAAGGAGGGUGUGUUUGGGGGGUUGAAUAUCAGGAGUCCGCUGGAUCAGGGAGAUAGUAAGGCGGAGUGGGUUGAUUUGAGUGAGAGCGAUGAUUUGCUGGUGAGGGAGUAUUUGGGCAUUGGUGCGGCGAAGGAAGAGAAGCCGAGAGUUGAGGAUGAGGUGGAGGCGAGGAAGAAAGAGUAUGCUGAGAAGGCGAGGAAAAUGAAUCAG